AGAACAAUUCAUGAUGAGUUAUGGUGAAAAGCCUGAGGACAUAACGAGAGAAGAGUGGAUGGAGAAACUCAACAAUGUCCACAUUCAGAGGGCCGACAUGAACAGGCUCAUCAUGAACUACCUGGUGACAGGUACAGUAGACCACACACACAGACAUACCAUUAAAUACCUGGUAACAGGUACACAUUGGUUUGCCUGAUCUAAAUAUCUUUGGUUUGAACAGAGGGGUUUAAGGAGGCAGCUGAGAAGUUCCGUAUGGAGUCUGGGAUUGAGCCCAGUGUGGACCUGGAUUCUCUGGACGAGAGGAUAAAGAUCCGGGAGAUGAUCCUGAAGGGACAGAUACAGGAGGCCAUCGCACUCAUCAACAGCAUGCACCCAGAACUGCUCGACACAAACCGCUACCUGUACUUUCACCUACAGGUAAAAAGCAGAUUGCCUCUUCCUUUAUAAUUCUUCUGUCAGUCUUAUUUUGUGUGCUGUUUCCUUCAUUCAUUGCCAUCUGUUCCUCUCCCUAUCCUUUUUGUCUCCUUACCCCCUCCACCGUUUUUUGUCCAUCUUCCUUUUCCUCCCAUGACCGUCCCUGCAUACUGCUCUUCCCCUCUGCAGCAGCAGCACCUGAUUGAGCUGAUCCGUCUGAGGGAGACUGAGGCAGCACUAGAGUUUGCUCAGUCCCAGCUGGCAGAGCAGGGGGAGGAGAGCAGAGAGUGUCUGACAGAGAUGGAGAGAACCCUGGCCCUGCUGGCCUUUGACAACCCUGAGGAGUCGCCCUUCGGAGACCUCCUCAACACGAUGCAGAGGCAGAAGGUGUGUUUAUUCUCACUUAUCAUAAUCCAGAAAUAGAUAAUAACAUGCAUAUUGCUCUGUAAUUGCACGUUUCUACUACUAUUUCAGUAUUUUGUCAGUACAUGAACUUUGGUUUUGACUAGAUGGGAUAGUGCUUUUGUCAGAUGUGACUUUUCGUAGUAGCUUAUGAGAAUUUACGUGGCAGGUUAGGAUAAUUCAUUUAGCAGAUUAGGAGAAUUAAGUUAAAUUUAGGAAAAGGGUUAGUUAGGGUUAGCUAAAAUCCACAAAAAUGCAACUUUUGACGUUACUUUGACAAAAGCUGUAUCCCUUCUAACCAUACAUUUUGACCUUUACAUGACGCUGAUUUAAUAUAACUCCUGUCCACUGUGUGCUUCCUGAAGGUGUGGAGUGAAGUGAACCAGUCUGUGCUGGACUACGAAAACAGAGAGUCGACGCCCAAACUGGCCAAGCUCCUCAAACUGCUCCUGUGGGCUCAGAACGAACUCGACCAAAAGAAAGUCAAGUACCCCAAAAUGACAGACCUCAGCAAGGGCACGAUCGAGGACCCAAAGUGAGAGCACACCAGGCUGUGUAUGCUGGUGGAAAAUAAAUGGACUCCCCUCCUACCUAUUUAUACUCUGACAGAGACUGACUGAAACAAUCUUUUUUCUUUCUUUGUGUGGGUUGCUUUUUGGGAGACUUUGAUAAUGUGGACUGUGGAACUGGAUAGUUUGUAUUUUAAAGUGACUUGCUGCCUGAAACUUCAAUAUCCAAAAUAUAAACCCUUGUAUUUUAAUGAAGUAAAAUUAUAAGACUUUUGUUUCAUGUCUGCAAUAGUUGUGUAUGAACAUUUCCUUUUAGCAUAUUUCACAGUUACACUUUUUGUUUUCUGUCUACUGGCAGGGAAAGUUAGCCGUCUUUGCAAAUGGAUGGUGUGUUAAAGCCUAAAUUAGGCUCUUGGGACUAUAAUGUGUCAACCUAUAAACAGAAAUGAAUGAGGGUGUGGUGUUGGGGUAGAACGAUUGGUUCCCAUUGCUGUGGUCCGCUGUCACAAUUACAGUAUAUUUUGUUUUUCUGAACAAAAAACAUGCACAUUUCAGUUUCUCAUGAAUGCUAGGGUAGGGGCCAAAGCUGGGUACUGACUGUGAAUGCUUCUAAGCUGACAAUGCCCUGUAAUGUUGUCAGGGUUUUACUGCAACCUUAGUUUUCAUCCUGUUAUCUUGAAACAACAAGACAAUAAUGUGAAUACAUACAGAGACAUAAAUUCAGUUCAAGUUGACAGUUUUGCAACUGGAUUAUUUACAUGUAUGGAAUAAAAUACUAUUUUGGAACAC